GUUCCUUAUGAACAGGUAUAUUCUAGUUUGUGUUAAUUCACUAUUCUACUACUGGGUGGAUUUUUUUUUUCUUUUCUCUCUUAUAUUUUUCACCCCCUUUUCAUUUCCACUGUUCUUCUCCUUACUUGGACGCUACUUUGUAUAUAAUCCACCGAACUAUUCGAUUCUAGAUCCAUUCAAUUUGCCUCUUCUAUAUCAGGAGGUACCGCCUCCUAUUUCGCCCCCCUGGUUCCCGUACCACGGUUCAUGCCAACGGCUGGCGACAUAAACAGUCGAUUCCAUCUGUCGGUCGUAGUGAGAAAGAAGCCUACUCACGACAGACCGAUUGUUUCAGAUAAAAUCUGAAUCUCAAACAUGGCUUCCGUUACGUCACUGGAUAAGGAUUUGCGCAGUCUGCGCCUGUCCCGCUAUACCCCGCAGGCUGCCGCAGAAGUCCGCAACUGGAUUGAAGAAGUCCUCCAUGAAAGACUACCAGCCGGAGAUCUUCUAGAUGCGCUCAAAGAUGGCGUCGCGCUGUGCAGGCUGGUCAACCUUGCCGUUUCUCCCGGUGUCAAGUAUAAGCAGUCAUCGAUGCCCUUUGUACAGAUGGAAAACAUCUCACACUUCCUUCGCGCGUGUCAAAUCGCACCCCUGAGCCUUCCUCCGCAUGAUGUUUUCCUCACUGUCGAUCUUUAUGAGGCCAAGGAUCCCGCACAGGUCCUGCAGUGCCUGAUGGCUUUCAGUAGGAGGGCUAAUGCUCUCCAGCCUGGCAAAUUCCCUCGCACCAUUGGUCCUCAGAGCAAAGUUGGUGGUUUAAGCCCCAAUGCGACCGGUUCCAGUCAGGGCGCCCAUACACCCUCUCGGCCACGGGGGCUCAGUAACGCAAACUCCAGCGCCUCUGGAUACUCAAGCCCAGCCAAAUCUCCAGGUCCAGUGAGCAGUUGGAGCAAAAGAACGGAUGAGCAUACGACAAUGCCAGCUUGGAACAUCCACCAGUACGGCUAUAUGGGCGGUGCUAGUCAAGCCAACCAAGGGGUGGCGUUUGGUGCUCGUCGACAGAUCACGACCGCUGCACCAAAUGUACCGAGUCUAGCUGAAAAGGAGAAGCGCAGGCGUGAAGAAGAAGAGCGCCAGCGCUUAGAAUUCGAGGAGUCUGAGCGCAGACGUCAAGAGCGAGAAGCGGAAGAAAUGCGUGCGCGAGCAGAAGAGGAGCGUCGAUGGGAGGAGGAAACUGCCCGUCUAAAGGAGCAAGAGCGGCGCAAGCUUGAGGAGGAGCGAAAGCAAUGGAAUGAUCAACAGCGGCGGUGGGAAGAGGAGGAGCAGCAGCGUCAGCGCGAGGAGAGAGAAGCCGAGGCGAGGCUGGAGAGCGAGAGGCUGCGCCGUCGGGAAGUCAACGAUACCCGCCUGAAUGGACAGUUCCUCAGUCAAUACCAAGCAAGUCAAGCUACACUGAGCCAAGCUCCCGCCGAAUCCUCGGAAAGCCGGCGCAUAAGGGAACUCGAGCAAGAGUUGGAGACCGCUAAACAAAGAGAGGCAGAAUAUCAGCGCGAGCGCCAGGAGCUACAGGAAAAACAAGCCGCGACUCGUGCACCUCGCCCGGUACCUGUACCCCCUAAGCCGAGCUACGAUCUGUCCUCGCUCGAGUCGGAACGCCGUCUACUUCGCACAGAGUGGAAUAAACAUCAGAACGAAGAGUCAAUUCCUGAAGCGGCGAGCCCCCCUCCUUCCUUACCUUCCCUACCUUCCUUACCUCCCCGGCCACUCCCCGAGCCAGUCGCUACUUCACCCCGGCCCCUUCCGGACCCAACGCUUUAUGCUGCGAAGCCCGUGAAUCAAGAAAGUCGCGUAGAUCGUUUCCUCGCAUCUAAUCGACCUCCCGUCGCACCCAAGCCGGCCACCCAUCGCCCACAAGACUACACAACGACUGCCGAGGUCGACGCGGAAAAUAGCCGCCGCGCAGCAGCACAGCAGAAGACCAAAGCGGGCGGAUGGGCGUCCAAGUCAUUGCUGGAGCGUGAAAUGGAGCGCGAGCGCGAGCGCCAGCGUGAGUGGGAGGAGAACCAAAAGCAAACGCAACAGGCCGCUGCCAACGGCCUGAAAGAUGGUAGUCUCGGUGUUGGGCCGGGACAAGGGGCUUGGGAUGUGCACCAAUACGGCUUUAUUGGCGGUGACAACCAGAACCGCGGCGGUCCUGGCCUGGGAGUUGGAGGCGCAAGGAGACAAAUCAUUGGCCCCCGUCCUCCUCCAUGAUCACAGAUGUUGAAACCCAGGUCGUAAUCUAGCCAAAGCUUCUAUACCUAUUUAUGUUUACCUGUUGAUGGCGGUUGGUUUUUGUUUUAAGAGUUUGAUUCCAUUACUGUUUCAAAAUCUUGGUGGCUAGCUGUAGAUAAGCUGUGAGCAACUUGAAUAGUUCAUUCAAUC